AUGACCAGCUCCCCACCAGACAUUUCAUCGCUGACACUGUCCUCGUCCCAUGCCCGCCUCCAUGAAUCUUACGACUUUGAUGGUUCAACCACCGCUCGCCCUCAAUAUCACUUCGCAACGUCGACAGGUAUUCCAGCCCAAACACAGUACCCGCCCCUAGGUGUGGGUCAGUCUCCUCACAAAAUGAAGCCCGCGGCUCGAAGUGGCCUACCAGCUCAAUGGCUCGAUAAUUCAGAUAACCGCUCUCUCUCACCCCAAAACAACUCUGACUUCUCUUCCACGGGCGGUUCUCCGCCUCCAGUCAGCCACCUGUCGUCGCCUCCAGCUCCUGUUGGCUCGAGUCCAAACCAGAACCCGGAAGACGAGAUCAUUCCUACCGCGAUUGUCAUUAAAAACAUACCGUUCAAUGUUAAGCGUGAAACCCUCCUCGAUAUCAUCGCAUCACUAGCUAUCCCCACUCCCUAUGCAUUCAACUACCACCUUGACCAGCAGGGUUCUUUCCGUGGCCUUGCUUUUGCUAAUUUCCGCCAGGCAGCCGACGCCGAUGCUGUUGUCGUCGCUCUCAACGGAUUUGAUGUCCAAGGUCGUAAACUUCGGGUCGAAUACAAGAAAGUAUUGCAAGCCGGGGAAAAGGAGCGCAUCGAACGCGAAAAGGCUAUUCGGCGAAUGCGCUCAAUGCAAUUGGAGAAGGAACAGGUUACCUAUGAGGACUAUGGCUCCCCAAUUCCUUCGGCAUAUACUCCACAGCGCUCCUUUUCAUACCAGCCUCAGCAGUACUCACCUACUAACGUAUCUCCGAUGCCACCGUAUAAUCACGUGCUUGCAUCGUCGACUCCCCCUGUCUCCCAAAACGCUACAGUCUCAUCCCCUCCAAGCACCUCAGACAAGGGUUCGGCUAACGAACUAGACCUUAACGAUCCAGCAACCCUCGAAAUCUAUUCGAGAAUCCUUCUUUUCAAGGAUGAUCGGAUGAGAGAUGAGCUUGCGUUUUCGAGAACCCUCAACCCCAAGCAGCGUCGUGUCGUGCAUCUUGUUGCUCAGAAGUUGGGGGUGUACCACUACUCGGUGGGAGAAGGUGAAGAGAGGUAUGCAGUUGUCACCCGCAUUGAUCCUGCCAGACAGCCACAACGUCCACCGCACACCCUCUCCCGCGCACCCUCUGCUUAUCUGGCUCAGCAGGCCUCUCAAACUGCCGCCCAGUCUCUGCGUGUGAAGAAAUCUAUGCCAGAUAUGAAAACUUUGCCGUCGCAACAAGCUCCGCGACUGAAUCCACGCUCCUCGAAUGGCAACAUUCGGGAGGGAUACGCAACUAUUUCUACCCCACGCCGACAGUCCACUGCAUUCACGUCACUGUUCUCUAAUGGUGGGGCAUUUGGAGGCGUUCCCCCAGUGCCUUCGGUUGCGUUGGCCAGCUCCCUCAACUCUGGUGGACAUGAGACUCCCAGUGGAGUAGUGCGGCAACCACGCGGGCCAGGGGCAGGCGGUUUCGGUCGUCGAGACAGUAGAGUUGGGUUGAAUGAAGCGGCGGCAGCGGCGGCGACUCGAGCCCGCUCUGAUUCUCUAGAAGGAGCCGAUGGUCGAGGCAACUGA